UUCAGUCGACGUCCAACGCUUAGACUCGAAGUGUCUAUUUUCCUACCCUAGUCUUCCUUCCGGCCCAUACCAGUUCUUCCGUUCAAUAUAGGUGGAAAUUAUUUCGAGCGGUGAUCAUGGUUGCCCUAAUUAAAAUUCGAAACGACUGAUCGUAAUGUCUGUGACCAGUUUGAAACUUUCAUACCGAGGAAGUCCAGUUGGUGCAUUGUUUUGAGUUUUUAAAAUAAUUGUGUACUUCCGGUGAAAUCAUGUGGAACCGUAAAGUGUUCAUCAGGAUUAUUGAAGUGUUAUUAUGCAUAGCAUGUGUGAUUGCUUUGAGGGUGACAGAUGAUGAGAGCCGAAGGGUUUUCCACUACCUCAGAAAUCGCAGUCGAGAAUGGUCAUUACUCAACAACGUAACAUGGGGAGAGAUCGGACAGGCUUUUGCGACAGUCACAUGUGGAGGCUAUAUUAUUGUAACUGCUGGUCUUCUUGUUGCUGCUGCUACCGGAGAACUCAGAGGUCGUAAAACCGAAUGUUUCCUCCUGAUCCUGGGGAUAAUUUUUUUUGGAAUCGUCGGGGGUCUCUGCCUGGCAGCGAUAGACAGUGUUCCCCGGGAUUUAAUAGACAAUGCAGCAGUCCUUGGAGCAUUAUGUCUCCUCACAGCCUUGGUCUUCAUUGUUGAUUUGUUAAUGAGCUCCCAUCAAAGCAAGAAGAAACACGAUGGAACUCAGACUUUCGACGGAAAAGAUUCAGUCAGGCCAAUGACAACAAUGACAGUUGAAAAGGAGACGAGAAUGGUGAAGAGCAAUGACAGUGUGGAAAAUUUACACGACUCACGAGACUCCAGAGGGAAAAUCAACAAUGGAUUUAAAAAAUCUGAAGGAUUACGACUUCAUGAAAAUUUAGAAGAUAUCGACUAUAUUGACCGACCUUCUAGGGACCAGGAUGUCACCAGAGAUGAUACGAGACGUCAUAGUCAUAGGUCAUCCAAAGCCCUGGAAGAGGACCGGAGCCGACAAUUUCAGCACGCAGAGAAACAAACUCGAGACUUUUCUCAAAACCUUGAAAAGUCACGGAGGUAUCUAAAAGACUCUGAGGAUCCUUUCGAGAAUGGAAACGUGGGUCAUCGCCUGGGAAAGGCGGACGAAUUUUUCCGACUUCCAGACAUCUAUCAACGACCUGUUGACGAACUCGAUACGCCCCGUUUUCCAAUUAGCAUGGCAAAAAAAGAACCACUCUUUGCUAAGAUCGUCAAUCCAGGAGUCAAAAUCAUGAGAGUGGAUCGAGACGUCGAUGAAACCAUCGAAAAUUAUAGGCAUUCAAAUUCGAGUCAGUACGAUAACGUACCAACACGAAUGUUUUCAGCUACAAGUGGAAUUCUGAAAAAGAGUCGUGAUGCCGUUUUCAGCGUUCCUCGACCGAGUAGAUUGUACAAACACCAGGAAAGAACAAGGGACGAGAUAGAAAUGCUGGAAGAUUAUUUCAGCAAUUUUAGAACAACAUCGACUGCAACCCAAACAAAUCGACUGCCAUCGUCUCCCAAUGAUCCGGGAUACGUCCGUCACACAGCCAGCAAUUGGCCUCAAGAUCUUAAAACCAAAACUCCUGGUGGGAGCCCUGAGCGAGAUACAAAUAUAUAAACCUAGAUUAUAAAGUAGUCUUAGGAACUGUUUGAAUAUUUUUUAUGCGAGUGUGUGUUUUUAGGAUACGCUAGAUUUUUCCAGUUUCGAUCGGGGGUCAUUUAAACGAUAGGAACGAUAAUCAAAAAACUAUUUUACAAAUUAUAUUUUGAUAAAAACAAAAGUAUUGGCAUUAGAGAUAAAACAUUGGACCCUGGUCGUGAUUAAGAAGUAUUAGAUUUUUAUUUAACUUUCGCAACUUUGAUUUAAGGAAUCAAGAAAGUUAAAUUGUACAGAUUUUUAAGUUUUGGAUUAAUAUUCAGUUCCGUCCAAUAGUGUUUAGUUUUUAAAUAGAGUAUUAAUAUUGUUAAAGAGCCAUUCGUAAACUACGUUAUGAAUUUGAAGGGGGGGGGGAGGUAAACUCAAAAACUACGUUUGGUAACAACCUCUUUUCCCAUUUUUUUUAAAAAAUUCUUUUUUUUCCCUCGUUUACAAAAUCAUUUUUUUGGUUAAAGAUAGAU